CGCGCCCGGGGCGGCGGCGCGCGGCUGGGGGCUGUUGGGGUUGGCAUUGGCCGUAGUGGACACCGGCGCGGUCACCAUGCAGCUGACGGUGAAGGCACUCCAGGGCCGCGAGUGCAGCGUGCAGGUGCCGGAGGACGAGCUGGUGUCCACGCUGAAGCAGCUGGUCUCCGAGAAGCUGAACAUCCCCGUGUGCCAACAGCGUCUGCUGUUCAAGGGCAAGGCCCUAGCAGAUGAGAAACGACUGUCAGAUUACAACAUUGGGCCCAAUUCCAAACUCAACCUAGUGGUUAAACCUCUGGAGAAGGUGUUACUGGAAGCAGGCACUACCCGGAGACUGGCUGACUCCUCACCCCCACCAAUCUGGCAGUUGAUCUCCAAAGUCCUGGCCCGCCACUUUAGUGUGGCAGAUGCCAGCAGGGUCCUGGAACAACUACAGAGGGAUUAUGACAGGUCCCUGAGCCGCCUGACACUGGACGAUAUUGAACGUUUGGCCAGCCGCUUCCUGCACCCCGAAGUGACUGAAGCUAUGGAGAAGGGGUUCUCCAAAUAGCAUUCUCAGAUUAUGGGGAAGAGCCCGAGGCUAAGCCACAGCUGCAUGUUGCAUUAAAUGUGUUCUCAUGUUGCAGUUUGGCUCAUAGUAAUAAUAAUAGCUGGUAUGUAUCCAGCUCUUACUAUGUGCUAGGCACUGCUCAAAGGACUUGACCUGGGUUCUCUUCCGCCUCCUGCAGAAGAGGUGAGAUAGCACAGUAGAGGUACCUAGCAUGGUGUGGGACAGCCAGAAUCUGAGUCCAGCCAGCUUGUAGAAGUGCCUCAGCAUGGAAGAAAGGUGCUGUUUGGAGGGAUGGGCUUCAGCAUUUCCCAUUUAGCCCAGAACAAACCCUUGGGUGACUCCCUCCCAAGACAGAAAGGGAAAGCAGCUGGCCCCUGCUGCCCAGUCCUGUCACCUGACUUCUAGUGCAUCUUGGCGUAGCCCUCAGCAAACCUCCACAGGAGGCCAAGUGAUAGCCAGCCUUGGGCCCCUCACCUGCUGCAGCCAGUGUGCUCUUGAUGAAGGAAAAGCAGGUUAGGAGUUGGGGAGCCGGUAAGUCACCCCAGCUCUGGGGUAUGAUGAAAUUUCUGUACCACUUUGGUAACCCAGCCAUUGAGUCUGUACGACGAGGGUCACUCCUCCGACCUGAAUCCAUUUCCUUCUUCCUUACCCCAGCUUAGGGUGAGGAGUCUGUAGCCAUUCUAUGCAGUUCCACCUUGUGUUCAGUAAGCAACUGAAGCCGAAAGGGAAGCUAUAGCCAAGCACGAGCCAGAGAUGGAGUGUUCUGGGACUUGGUGACACAGCUCUUCUCUGGGGUACCCUGUCUGCUUGGCUCCUCCUCCCGGAAGUGGGGGAUUCUCGUCCAUGAGAGCAGACAGGUGACUCAGCUAGGACCGCCUUGGCCUCUGCACCCAGCGCUCAUCUACACUCUGGAAAAUGGAUGCUUUCUCCGCCACCUGCAUACAGGGUCUUUUACUUUGCACACCCUCAUUGUCUGUGAGGAGCCUCAGGGUGCUGGGGAGGAGACAGAAGUGUGGGCUGGGUGGCAGUGAUUCUUCUUUUCACUGUGCCCUGUGUAUGGGUGCUAGGGGUCAUAUAAGCACCUGCUCCUUCGUGGAGGACCCUUGGGAGCAGUAGAGGAUGGAAGGCAGCCACAUGCAGGAUACCACUCCUGCCCCUCUGCUCUCACCAAGGAGGCCAGUUUCAGUGUGGUCAGGGCUGCACCUGCUUCCUCGUCCAAGACCCUCCUGCCAGGGCCUUGUGGAGUGAACACAGUCCCCGUACUGGAAAGAUGGAGAAAGGCCUGAGGGUGAAGAGGAGAUGAUAGCCCCUGGUGCUCCCUGAGAGAUGGGGAUCACACAGGCAGGACCUGCUUAGAAGUGUGUGUGGCCUGGCAGUUCAGCUGAUGAACUUAGGAUGUGCUCAGUUAUUUUGAGUCAGGGAACGUAUUUUGAAAAUUAACUAACACGAAUGAUGCAUGUGAGACUUUUACCCAAAAGGAACUUGAUUAGCUAGGCUGCUUUUGGUUUUCAAUAAUUGGUUUAGCAAUAAAGGAAACUCACUUACAAAACUGAAAAGUCCAGGAGUACUGGCAGUGAACGAACAAUUUCACCAAAUACCCGGCUUCUUUUGCUUCUUGCUGCAUCCUCCAGUAGCUGCUGAAUCCUCAGCCACCACCUCCAAGGAUCAGAAGGUGGCCUGCCGCUUCAGUUGGAAUGCUUCAUUCACUGCCAGGGAGGAGCACUUUCUCUCUGUAGUGUAGCUUCUGUCUCAUGCCCCAGCAAAUAAAUGCUGUUGUUUCAU